CUGAUAAUUUUCCCGCCCUUUUCUCUGUCGUCUUCCCUCCAUUAUCCCGAUCCCCAUUCCUGGUCCAUAAGUGCGCAUCAGUACGCCUUGCGGAUGAAGAAUAGGUAUAAUCCUGGGAAAUGGGUAUCAAAGAUCUGCUCAAGUUCGUGAAGCCCCACGUUGAACCAAUUCACAUCAAGAAGUACGCCGGGAAGAGAGUGGGCAUCGAUGCUUAUUCAUGGCUUCACAAAGGGGCCUACUCGUGCAGCAUGGAGCUGACUCUCAACAUGGAAGGUGAUAAGAAAUUUCAGUACUUGAACUACUGCAUGCACCGGAUCAAUCUGCUGCGCCACUACAAGAUCACUCCGGUGGUUGUUUUUGAUGGUAUGAGUAUCCCUUGCAAGGCUACCACCGACCACGACCGCACAAGGAGAAGAAAUGAGAAUCGUGAUUUGGCAAUGGCGAAGCUCAAGGAAGGCAAUGCCAGAGCUGCGGUUGAUCACUUCCAGAGGGCAGUGAGUAUCACUCCAGCAAUGGCACAUCAACUAAUUCAGAUUCUAAGAUCAGAAAAUAUUGAGUUUGUAGUAGCUCCAUAUGAAGCUGAUGCACAAUUAGCAUACCUCUCCACUCUUGAAGCAGGCAAAGGUGGAAUUGUAGCAGUGAUUUCAGAGGACAGCGACCUACUGGCAUAUGGUUGCCCAGCUGUUGUUUUCAAGAUGGAUCGGUAUGGCAACGGCGAGGAGAUAGUGCUAAACAAGGUUUUUGAAUCUGCUAAUCGCAUGCCUUCUUUCAGAAAUUUUGACACAGAACUGUUCACAGGGAUGUGUGUCUUUGCUGGCUGUGAUUUCCUUCCAUCUGUUCCUGGAAUUGGGAUUGUAAAAGCUUAUACUUUGGUCUCCAAAUAUAGGAGCUUGGAACGUGCUCUAUCUAUUUUAAAGUUUGAAAAAGGCAACCUAAUGCCUGAAGAUUAUUCAAAAUCCUUCAAAGAAGCAGUGGCAGUUUUCCAGCAUGCCCUAAUAUACGAUGCUCGUUCUAAAAGCCUCAAACAGAUAAAACCUCUUCCAGAAAAGCUUUUGCAGGAUCUAGACACAGACCUUGACUUCCUGGGGCCGGAAAUACCUCAAUCAAUGGCAAUUGCUAUUGCAGAAGGUAAAUUGGAUCCAACUACCAUGGAGGCCUUUGAUCACUUCCCUAGGUCUGGAGUGCAUCUCAAACCUACCAUCCAGAACCCAACUUCUGACGGACUCCUACAAUUGGAGGCGACUAUCCUACCUACCACUGACAGCUGCUUCACUGUUAUUUCCUCUCAGAAAUCCAGAAAAGAAAUAGUUGAAGUGACAAAGCAAAAUCCCCUGAUGGAGGAAUCCAAGUAUUCAAAUGAAGCAACAGAGCUUGAGAAAUUAGUGCGCCCCCUGAAUGCUCAGCCAACAGAGGACAAUAAGAUGAGUGCCACGAACAUUCCAUUGAAGGUUCCUGAUAACAACCCAUUCAGGAAAAGAAAACGUAAUGAAGUUCAGUUACCGGAUCAAGCCGAGAUAGCCAGCGAGCAAGUCCCAGUGUUGACUGAGAUUGAGAACUCGCAGAUGUUGUAUGCAACACCUGAAUCACAAAAGAGUCUGGAUUCUAAGCCUAUCAAUGUGGUAGAUGCCCAAGGGAGAGCCAAAACUGACAAGGCAAGAAGAAGCAAUUGGCAAGGUCCUGAAAAUAAAAGGGGCAGCAUUCUAAACUUCUUUUCUAGAGUGUGAUGCGUUAUUGUUUCUCAUUGUAAAUUAAAAAAAAAAAAAAUUCCUUAAUUCUUUUUGGAGGCAUUUUCUGCAAUCUGAGUUUUGACUAUUUGGCUCAAAUGCUUAGCUCUAACCAAUUGUCUUGAAGCCCUUUCGGUUUCCAGAAUGCUGAAAGAUCAUGUAAUGGAGCUGUGUAGCAUUGUACCAUGAGAAUGUUCAUUUCAUCACUUCAAUUGAAUCUUCAUUCCUUCGCAUUUUCUAGGUAUGUUUGCUGGCUAUGAUUGUUUGUUUGCAAGGAAAAGAGAAUGCUCCCAAUAUUAGUUCAAAUUGAUCAAGAG